UCUCCAUCAAAAUGGAACGUUGGCAAAAUCGUGUAGCUGCUGUUACUGGUGCCAGUUCAGGUAUUGGAGCUGCCAUUGCCAAAGAUCUGGUUAAUGCUGGCCUGAUUGUGGUCGGUUUGGCGCGUCGUACUCAACGUGUCGAAGAGAUACGCAGCAGUUUAGCCACAAAUUUACAGACACGUUUACAUGUCGUCAAAUGUGAUGUUUCCGAUUUACAAUCUGUCAAUGAAGCUUUCGAUUGGAUCGAAAAGAAUUUGGGUGGUGUGGAUGUUCUUGUAAACAACGCCGGCACCUACACGGCCGGUCAGCUAUUGACCAUGGAUAUUGGCGAGGUGGAGAAAACAUUACAAACCAAUCUAAUGGGAAUGGUGUAUUGCACACGUCGCACUUACGAAUCAAUGCAGAAGCGUCAGAUCAACGAUGGCCAUGUGGUACUGAUUAAUAGCAUUGUGGGUCACCAUGUUUUCAAUUUGCCACCUGGUGUUGUGGCACAAUUUAAUAUUUAUCCAGCAUCGAAACAUGGCGUGACAGGGCUGACGGAGAUUUUACGCCAGGAGUUUAGAGAUUUGAAGACGAAAAUUAAAAUAACGAGUGUAAGUCCCGGUUUGGUUGAUACGGAAAUUGUACCCGAAAGUUAUCAGGGAUUACCCAUGUUAAAACCCGAAGACAUCUCAGCUGGAGUUAUGUAUGCCAUUGCCACUCCGCCCCACGUUCAAGUCCAUGAAUUGACUAUUAAACCAGUUGGUGAGACAUUUUGAGGUUGUGCAGUUUGUGGUCGCCUUGUGUAA